AAUCGGUUGGGAGACGUUCAUUGUAGAUGAGAAGACGAACGUGGACGUUACGAUUAAUUCCGUCCACGUUCAUUUAGUUUAAUUAUAAUAAUUAAUGUACAGGUAGCUGGAAAAACAGAACAGUCGUACUUUAUAAGUGAACACUAAUAGAAUUAGAAAGUAGCCAUUAGCAAACGUCGAAGAGGGUUCGAGGUCACAAAAUGGCCCUUAACCUGGACGACAAUUUGAAUAAUAAUCCCGGCGGCGUGCAAGGCCUUCUUAACGAAACACAUUGUCCUCAACCACUUUAUAUUAAUACACAACCAAUCACUGAUGUGUACACGGUCGAAUCGAGACCUUUUGCCAGGGGUAAAUUCGCUACAGUCCGACGAUGUUGCCAUAAGGAAACAGGCAUUAAAUAUGCAGCCAAAUACAUACGCAAAAGACGAAGAGCGUCUGAUGUUAGACACGAAAUUAUGCAUGAGAUAUAUGUUUUGAAAUUGAGUGCAGUCUGUCCUAGAAUUGUGCGCUUGCAUGAAAUAUAUGAAACGUCAUCAGAAAUCAUCCUAGUUCUAGAAAUGGCAACGGGUGGUGAAGUGCAGCGUGUUUUAGAAGACGAAGAGGUAAUUUGUGAAAGAGAUGCAUCGCGUCUGAUGCGCCAGAUAUUGGAAGGACUGAUCUUUCUUCACGAUCUCAAUGUAGCACAUUUAGAUCUUAAGCCUCAAAACUUACUUUUAACAAGUGCGUUUCCCCAAGGAAAUAUUAAGUUAUGUGAUUUCGGUAUUUCUCGUCUUAUUACUAAAGAUAUCGAAAUAAGAGAAAUUGUAGGAACUCCCGAUUAUGUAGCACCAGAAAUUCUUCAAUAUGAACCAAUUACCUUAGCUACGGAUAUGUGGAGUAUUGGUGUUUUAACAUAUGUUCUCUUAUCUGGUCAUUCUCCAUUUGGUGGAGAUUCAAAGCAGGAAACAUUCUGUAAUAUCACUCAUGCUCCUUUAGAAUUUCCCCCAGAAAUGUUUGCUAACAUAUCAAAUGAUGCCAAGGAUUUUAUUCAAAGGUUGCUAGUUAGAGAACCAUGUGAACGCAUGACUGCCAAAGAAUGCCUACAGCAUUCUUGGAUUUGUGAGAAAACUGUGUUAAAUAAGCCUAUUCCUUCAGCCUCGUCGGCAACAAAUACGGACAUUAAGAAUGGUGUAAUAGAAGUUCCUCGUCAAGUUUCUGCAAAUGCAGAAAACAUUUUGGAUGAAAAUUCAACUAAUCCAUUAAUGCCAUUAUCUCAGCAACAAAAUGAAUUAAUGGAAGAAAAACGAUCGCAGUAUAUUAAAGAACGAGGAUGUACAGAAGAACAUCAACAGAAUAAUAGAAAUAUUUCUGAAAUAAAAACUAUGGUUGUAGAAUUUAAAGGAAUAGUUACAAAUAGAUUAAUGUUUUCAGAAGAAAUUAUAAUUGAUGAAAGAGUUGGCAUAGUGUACUAAAAAAAAUUUUUUUCGACUAAAAUAUUAGAAUAGUACCUCAGGCCAUAUACAUCUAGUAUUUGAACUUCUAUUUACAAAUGUUCGUAAUAAUAGGAAAUUUAGAAAUUUCGUCUGUAUGCAACAAAAUAGUUUCAUAGUAUGAAAUGAUCUUCCCACUUGUUCUUCCAGUCCUUAUCUAAAAUCCGAAUUAAGAAAUUUCUACCUGUAAAGUACAAUAUGGACACUGCCUACAAGUUGUUGAUUUUUAAAUAUCAUAAUUGUGAAGUCUUCCCUUCAAAUAAUGUUUACCUUUUUCAUAAAGAUGGAAUAUUUUGUAUCAUAUCUGCCAAUUAACUAAUCCAUUUUGUGGCAAUAAUUUAAAUGUAACAAGUUUAACAAUAUUAAUAUACAAAUAAUGUUAUAUCACGUGCCUUUCUAUAUUGUAUAAACAUUGUGUGCAAGACAGUUUGUGGACAAUCACAGUCAUACCAAGUUCAUAUAUACUGUAUAUUAUAUAUGUAUAGCAUACGUUGCUGUUUCCGACGAAAAGGAGUUUUGUACGAUAGAUAAAGUUAGAAAACAGAAGAGAGUUAAGAGAUUUUGGUAUUUUUUAAAUGUUUAUAAUGGGAAUGUUUUUCCUACUUUAAGGGGCUUUUUUUUUUAUCUGAAAUAUUUGUUUUGCUUGCUUAUUUAUUUUAUUUUUAAUCACCCAUUGAGGUUAUUUGUAAAUAUUUAUGUGCUUAUU